AUGCGCCAUCUCCAUCAGGACUUCGAGGUAGCAAACACUUCCACAAAUCACCAUCCGGCGAGCCAACACGACGUGAUGGUCAAGAUCAUCACAGUGACCCUGAUGCAAAUGAUUUCAAAUGAUUUCCGUGGAUCUAAAGCCCCUCAUAAAAUAAAACUCCCCAUAGAAACCUUGUCCCUCCAAAAUUAUCAAGAGUACAUGUUUUGUACCGUUGAAAUUUUUUCAACCAUUUUCCUGCCAAGCAUUUUUUGCUUACCCAUACAUCUCCGUAACCAAGCCGAAAACACUUCAUGA